UAUGCUCCCCAAAACAAUCAUCAAUCACCCAUGGAUUCGGCCCAGCAGUCUUUGUGGUGCUAUCAGUGCAAGAGGAUGGUCAUGGUUGAGUCGCAAUUCUGUCCGCACUGCCGCGACACCUCCUUCAAUCCGCUCAUAGUCCUCCGGAACGAGGCCGUGGGGCGGGGCUUCCAGUUCUACUACGAUGACGAGUCGGGUGGAGGGGUCCGGCCUCUGCCUUCCUCUGUUUCGGAGUCAUUGCUCGGGUUCGGAUCCCAGGCGAUGCUGGAGCGCGUCUUGGGGAUCGGCUUCAGCAUGUGGGCCUGCCCGGAUAAUCCGCCCGCCAGCAAGCACGCUGUGGCGUCCCUGCCCGCGGUGCAGAUCCAGGCCUGCCACGUGGACGUGGAGCCACACUGCGCCGUGUGCACGGACGCCUUCGUGCUCGGUUCGGAGGCCCUCAAGAUGCCCUGCAAGCACCUCUUCCACGCCGAAUGCAUAUUCCCGUGGCUCAAUCUCCACAACUCCUGCCCGGUUUGCCGCCACGAGUUGCCGGCCGGUCAGUCGGGGGCCGUGGGGAUUGCCAUCUGGCGGUUGCCCGGCGCCGGAUUCGCCUUGGGGAGAUUCGUUGUGGGAGAGAUGCCGCGGCCGGUGGUGUUCUCCGAUGUGGAAUGGGGUCUCGCCUUCACCGGCGGCGCGCUGAGGGCAAUUCAGUGGCGGCCGCGGAGGGCCGGUGCUUUGCGUCGAUUUUUCUGUUCGAUUUUUCGGAGGGGGCGGUCGAGUUCGGGUCCGGGUCCGGGUCCGUUGAGGAGGAGCAGGAGCACAACUCUGACACCCAUUGAGCAGCAAUAGAUAUUGACCUAUUAAUUUGUUUUCAUUUUAAA